CCUCGGGAACCUCGGGCGAGCUACGAGGCGAGGCAGUCAGUCGCUCUCAGCUACGACAUGCAUAACGCAUGAGAGAGCCCGAGCGAGAUCUUUCUACGACCCGUUCUCUCCUUACCACGCACUCUUUCUCUCUCACUCUCUCUCUCUCUCUCACUCACUCUCUCAUUCUCUCUCAUUUUCUCUCUCACUCUCUCUCUCUCUCUCUCUCUUUCCUUCGUUACUACUCGUUGUUACUACUACGACACAUUCUCACACAUACGACACUCCUCGACCAACAACAACAACGUAAACGUUCCUUGGCGUUGGCUAUAUCACACGUAUCCACUCUUUCUCCCGCAACUCCCACAUACGACUCCAAAGACGACGAGGGUGACGACGAGGGUGACAACGAUAGCGAUUACGACGACGACGACGACGACGACGACGACGACAACGACGACGACAACAACGACGACGAGGACGACUACGACACAGUUCGAAACGCGCGAGAGUGCGAUCGGCAGCGAGAGCGAGGAGAGAGUCGCGUUUCGUCUCUACGAUUCCGCAAGUCUUCGAGAGUGUGUCAACGUUUGCUAAGUCCUCCUCGCUCAACAUCGACAGUGAUUAUAAUAAAUACCUAUUUUUAUUCAUUUCGUUUAGUUUUACGCGAGUUCGAAUACGAAACAUGAGUGAUAUCGGCUGAUUUCGGGAUUACUCUCGCGAGUGUUGUCACCUUUGUAAAAGGUAACUUGUGUUGUCUGCAAUAACGUGUGACAAAAUAGAAAACAAAUUAGCUGGGAGAUACUGUUUUCGACGGGCGGAGUAACGAGUACGCUCGGAAUAAUGCGGCUCGAUCGGGAUUUAUUACGUUUUCGCGAACGGUGGACCGGUGCGAGCGGUCGUUAAUAGGCUCCGAUAUUAAAAAGGAUUACGUUUCGGUAACAUAUUCUGAAGAAACUUUAAUCGUUUUUAUCGUUGGAGGAGAGGAGGGUGUGUGGGAGAGAGAGAGAGUGAGAUAAAAAAUUGUAGAUCUAAAGGUGUGCUCGCAAAAUUAGCCGGUAAGUAAAGAUAAAACCGGCAGCGAGCAACUAAAAAGACCUCUCGACGAGGGGAAGUAGAUGGCCGCUACCACGUACAUGCCGGUUAGUAGCGCAGUGUCGGCCGAGCUGGAUGGUGGUUCGGGUACAACAAUCGGGAUGAACAUCGCCGUGGGUGGCUAUUCCUCGGGCUCGCCCCGCAGCGCCGCCGACGCCGGCGAAAUGAAAUAUAUGCCGGCGCCGCAGCAUCAUCAUCAUCACCACCAUCAUCAUCAGGUGACCUCGUCGCCGUCGCCAAAUGGACUUUCGCAUCCGGCGGCGAGCCUCUCCUCGGCUAACCCAUGGGUCAGUUUGCAACCUGGUAGCGAUCCCUGGGCAGCAUCUAUGGGGAUGCAUCACACGAGUCAUCAUCCUCAUCAUCAUCCCCAUCAGGCUAAUACGAGUUUAGAUGUGAAACCUUUAACGGCCGCUGCCGCGGCGGCGAACGCCGAUCAAGGCAUGCACCAUCGCGGACCUCAUCAAUCCCCUGGUAUGGCGUCGCCGCAUUCCUGGCACGCGCCAGUUGUACCCUCGGCACAUUACAAUCCGAGCGGUGGUGCGGCUUCGCCUACGACCCUGCAACAAUACCAUGCGGCGAUGAACGGCAUGCUACAUCAACAUCCUCACCAGCAUCCCCAUCAGUUGCACAAUCACCAGGCCGGCCUUCCUCAUCAUCUCAGGGACGCCCACAAUCACAGUCCACCGACAGGUCAUCCACUUCAUCCUGGACAUCCUCUUGAUAGGGAUCACAGUGCUGGGGAGGAAGAUACGCCGACUUCCGAUGAUCUCGAGGCGUUUGCGAAACAAUUCAAACAGAGACGCAUUAAGCUCGGCUUUACACAAGCGGACGUUGGUCUUGCACUCGGUACCCUUUACGGAAACGUAUUUUCGCAAACGACGAUAUGCAGGUUCGAGGCGUUGCAGCUAAGCUUCAAAAACAUGUGUAAACUAAAGCCCCUAUUACAAAAAUGGCUCGAAGAAGCGGAUUCAACGACGGGCUCGCCAACGAGCAUUGACAAGAUUGCGGCACAAGGUAGAAAGCGAAAGAAGAGAACGUCGAUCGAGGUUUCGGUGAAGGGUGCUUUAGAGCAACACUUUCACAAACAACCAAAACCCUCGGCUCAAGAGAUCACAACGUUGGCCGAUAGUCUGCAAUUAGAAAAGGAAGUAGUAAGGGUGUGGUUCUGUAACCGACGGCAAAAGGAAAAGAGGAUGACACCGCCGAACACGCUUGGCGACGGCAUCAUGGAAGGCAUGCCGCCGGGUCAUCAGGGACAAGGUGGCCUCCACCAGGGCUAUCAUCCGCAGGAUCACCUCCAUGGCUCGCCCAUGGGCCAUAGCCACAGUCCCCCGAUGCUAAGUCCUCAAGGUCUCACGGCCCACUCGUUGGCGGCUCACUAGCGUUCGCCGGGGCCUCCCCCGUUGGGCCUCGCAUUAACUUCUCAAAACGCACCGAAUUCCUCCGUGUCCUCGUCUGCGCCACCGCCUCCGCCGCCACCAACGGCGGAAAGUCUGCCGCACUUUUACCAACACUAUUUGCAAACUCGUACCGGUUAUGCCGGUAGCUCGUAGCUCUAGGCGGUCGGUCUAUGCGAAUAUACACGAAUUCAAGGAGGAAGAAAGUACGAAGAAACAAUAAGAAAACAUAAAAAACGGGAUACACCAAUCGUAGAUGAACUUUAUUCGAUAAUGAGGUUCAACGGGGCCUAACGAGGCUGGACUCAUGGCCCGUACACACCGGGGAGGCUGACGAGCUCGAUGUUCGAUGCUGCUCUGUUAUUAUUGCUCUCGCUCUUUUAAUAUCGUUCCUUUAAUUUCAUUCUCUCUAUCUAUUUCUCUCUCUCUCUCUUUCCCUCCUUCCCUCUCUGUCGUCUCGUACGACAAGAGGACUCACAGAUGAUAUAAGAGAAUAAGAGAGAUGAAUAUAAAGGACGAUCAACGUCGUUCACCGUCGCUGAAAAUAAGCCGAGGAAACGUUAUACGAUCUAUUAGAAACAUGGACUUGUGGAAACGUCGCUCGUUCGUCCAUUGUUCGACGAGUGUCGUUUGUGUUAAACUCUUUCUCUUUCUCUCUUUUCUCUCUCUUUCUCUCUAAAUACUUAUUACAGUGCGCGUUCCGAAGAAAGACUAUUUGGUGAAGAAGAGUAUUGGACCGAAAAAAAGAUUUAGUGAAUAUGAGAAAGAGAGGGAAUGCAUGAUAAAAUGAGCGAAUGAGCAACAACAACAACAACAAUCAACAAUAAAAAAAAAAAAAACAAAUAAGAAAUCAAAUGAAAUCAAAAUGAAAAAGAGAAAGAGAAAAUGAGGGACAAAACGCAACGAACAUACAUACGUAGGAUAGUGCUGUGUUCGUUUGGGAUUUAGCGCGAAAUGCUGCGACUCCCGACGAAUGAUGUAACAUAAGUAAAUAUGGACUGUAAAUAAUGUACUAGAUAAAAAGAGCUAGUAAGUUAAGUGAAAACAUUUGCCGUUGGCGUCGUCAUCAUCGUUGACACCGUUGCCGGCGUCUCUCAUCGUCAUUGUCAUCAAUGCUGCCGUCGCAGCUGCCAUCGCCACCGACACUGUCAUCGCCUUCUUAAAACAAACAAAAAAAAAAAAAAAGAAAAAAAACAAAGUAUGGCAUGGACUAACGACAUGGAAAGAUUGGGAAAAAGAAGAAAAGGAAGACAAAGCAGAGUGUAAAAGGAAAGAUGCGGAUUGAAACAAGGGCGCACGCGUCGUCUUUUAAGUCGUCGUCAACUUUAUCGUCAUCGUCAUCGUCAUCGUCCUUGCGGGGAUACGCGAGCCGCACGUGUGCGAAUUUCAACCAGACAGAUCCCCAUCAAACGAAAAAAUUACCCUUCUGUAUAAAGAGUGUGUAGAUUUCGAUCGAAUGGAGACGAUGCACGGCCGGGAUAUGAGAUUUUGUUGAUACCGCUUGUGUUUCAACGACGUUUCAACGAGAGAAGAAAUGUUUUGAGAGUGUUCGAGUGUUUUGUAUCGGAGGAUGGACAAUGAGUUUUGGCGCAACGGAGAGAACGUUACUUUUCGGCGGUAUACGAUCGAUAUAAAUUUUAUUCUUCUUCUAUUAUUUUAUUUUUUAACGAAAAUGAUGUGUACAUACAAAGAAAAAGAAAAAAAAGAAAAAACACCACAUAGACAGUAGAGAAGGCGGUUCGUACUGUUAGAAAAUCGAAGGACCAGAAUUUUUAUUUGUACAAACGAUCUAUAUGAUCCAAAAUAACGAAAGAUCGAAUUUAUUUAAAGAAUCUUAAUAAAACACUUCGAUUUUCUUUGACAAUCGUUUUGAAGUGCAGUACGCGUGCGUGAUUUUUGCCGACGACGCACGGUGCAAAUGAUAGGGGCGACAUGUAAAAACGAGAUACUUAUGGGAUUACAAUCUAAUACACGAAAAGAAAAACAAAAGAAGAAUGACACGCAUCUGUAAACAAUACCUACCCUCUCCCUUCUUUCAUUGUAUAUUAUUAUUAUACAUUAAUUAAUUAUUAACGAUAAACAAAAAAAAAAAAAUAAUAUUGAAAUUUGGCGAGUGGUGUCGACCACUGAUUUUGUUAGAACGUCGGAAGCUAAAUUACUACUGAAUUUUAAUUAAAUAAACAACAUUGAAAGUAAAUA